AUCUCCACACAACCAAGACGACCAACUUCACGGCUGCUCGUCUAACUUACCCUUCUCUUGUCGUGACUCUCUCCUCCGCUUCCUCGAGAUAGAAGAUAGAGCGAGAGAGAGAAGAUGAGCCGGAAGGCUGGAGACUGGAUAUGCAGGUCAUGCCAGUACGACAACUUCUGCUGGCGUGAGUCAUGCCAACGAUGCAAGAAGGCAAAGGUGGGCGGGGAUGAAGGCGAUCGCGGGAGCCCAAACGCGAGCUGGGACGUGAAGCCCGGCGACUGGCGCUGUGCAUGCGGCGUCCACAACUACGCCAGCCGCCCCAGCUGCUUCAAGUGCGGUGCGUCCAAGGACGACGCUGCCUCCGCAGUCGCCCAGUCCUGGGGGUCCGCCAGCACCAGCCAAUCUCAACCUGGAUUGAAGUCCGGAGACUGGAUUUGCACGAGCAGGUCGGGCUGCAACAAGCACAACUACGCAAGCAGGAUGGAAUGCUUCCGGUGCAACACACCGAGGAAUUAUGGUUCGGGAUACUAAUUCUAGAAUGGAGAAAGAGAUGAUGAUACCACUCGUUUCCUGAGGUCGAAGUUCAUCUACUAUCAAAUCACCAUUUUGUGCUGCUUUAUCUUGUGCUGGUGAAAGUCACUGUUUCGAAAGAGAGAUAAUUAUCCGCUCUCUCACCAUUUCGUCUUUGUAAUAAGAGAAUGGCUUCUCGUGCUAUGCGAAAUA